AUGUUCAGAAAUAAUAAUAGAAUAAUCUCUUCCUCUUUUGCCGUGAGCAAAAGAUGUAUCCAAUCUUCUAUCAAGCCAGAAGUUACUGAAUUAUCAAACGGUAUCUCUGUAGUUUCAAGAUAUAAUCCAAAUGCUGCAACUUCAACUUUUGGUUACGUCUUUGGUUCAGGUUCUGCUGAUGAAAACCCAUACAACAACGGUGUAUCAAAGAUUAACCAAGAUCUUUUCACAAGAUACAACAAAGAUACAAACACUUUAGCUAACAAGAAUGGUUUAUUGUUGGAUUCUGUUUUGAAGAGAGACUACCAAUCUUUCUUAGCUACUUCUUUGAAUAAGGAUGUCAAGAAAAAUCUAUCCUUAUUGAACGAAGCUUUUGCUAAAAAUACUCAAGUUAAUGAAAACGUCUUCAAUUCUACUAAAUCUGAAAUUACUAACUUUUUGGAACAUUUCGAAAACGAUGCUGUAUUCCAAAAAAAGAGAGUCUUGGAACAUUUACACUCUACAGCUUACCAAAACACUCCAUACUCUUUGCCAAAAUUUGGUACUGCCGAAUCCAUUAAUGAUUUGAUCUUAUCUGAUGUCCAAAACUUCAACCAAUCCCAUUUCAAAAACUCAAACGUCGUUAUCGUUAACGAUGGUAACGUUAAGCAUGAAGAUUUUGUUAAUGCUGUAGAAUCUGAAAAGAUUAGCUUCGGUGCCGGUGAAAAACCACAACAAGUAGUAAAGUCUUCAUUCUUAGGUUCUGAAGUUAGAUUAAGAGAUGAUACUUUACCUAAGGCAUGGAUCUCUAUUGCUGUAGAAGGUGAAUCUACUAAAUCUGAAAAUUUCUUAACUGCCCAAGUUGCUGCUCAAAUAUUCGGUAAAUACGUUGCUUCUGAACCAACUAGCAGUUUACAAGGUAUUAAAUUGUUGGAUGCUGUUCAUGAAUACCACUUAUGUGACGAUUUCAAACACUUCUCCCUAUCUUACAACGAUUCUGGUUUAUGGGGUUUCAGAACUGCUACUUCAAACUUCGGUAACAUCGAUGAUUUGAUUCACUUCACUUUGAAGCAAUGGAACAGAUUGACCAUUUCCAUCACCGAAACUGAGUUAACUCGUGCUAAACAAUUGUUGAAAUUGAAAUUAGCUGCUAAAGCUGAAAAGAACAUUCCAAAGUCUAUUUCCAGAAUCGGUAACUCCGUCUUAACCAACACUUUGAGACCAACUUUGACUGAAGAGUUUGCUGCUAUUGAUGCUAUUACUGUCAAUGACAUCAAAGAAUGGGCAGGUAAAAGGUUAUGGGAUCAAGAUAUUGCCAUUGCUGGUACUGGUCAAAUCGAAGGUUUGUUAGAUUACAUGAGAAUUAGAAAUGACAUGUCCAUGAUGAGAUGGUGA